AUGCCCAAACAGUUCGUAUCCCUCGGGCUUUUCAUACUAGACGAAUUUGAGUUCCUGGAUGCGACAGGGGAACCCACCGGAAAGAUACUUCCUACUCAAGUCGGAGGAGGAGGCACUUAUGCAGCUGUCGGCGCACGAAUAUGGCUACCUGCUUCUGAAAUCGGCCAGAUCGUAGAUCGCGGCUUCGACUUUCCUGCUGCGGUCCAGCGGGAGUUGGAUCACUAUGGACCGGAUAUGUGGCAUUUUCGUGACCAAUCCGAAAAUAAAACAACCAGAGCGGUGAACAGAUACACGGGGGAAUUAAGAGAUUUCGAAUACCUCACUCCCCGAAUCCGACUUACACCCAAGGAUUUAGCUGGAACGCCGUUAGAAUCCCCCCGUCAGAUCCAUUUUGUCUGUUCUCCCACUCGAGCAUAUCAAAUAAUGCAGGAUGCCGAUACGUACGGCGUAAAGGAUUGGAAGCCGUUUGUCAUCUAUGAGCCCAUCCCCUUCCGCUGCGUUCCUGAAGAACUGCCUGCGUUGAGGCAGAUCCUUCACCGGGUCGACAUCCUGAGCCCAAAUGCCGAGGAAGCAUUAGGGCUGCUUUCGAUCGACAAGGCUGGGGCAUAUGAUUAUUCGGUUAUUGAGUAUGCAGCGGCUCGUCUUUUGUCCUUUGGAGUCGGGAAAGAUGCUUCUGGGCAUGUAAUUAUUCGAUGCGGUGCUAUGGGUGCGUAUGCUGCUAAGAGAGAGGGAGGUAUUGUCAGGGGCUGGUGGACACCUGCAUAUUGGGGACCUGAAGAUAAAGGUGCGGUGGUAGAUGUUACCGGUAAGAUUAAUCAUUUUGGGCAUGACGGAACUCCUACCGGAACUUUUGUUCCAGGCGCCGGGAAUGCGUUUUUAGGCGGGCUUUCGGCUGGACUCAGUUUGACGAAUGGGGAUGUUCGCGAAGCUAUCUUGUAUGCAACAGUAUCUGCCGGGUAUACAAUACAGCAACUCGGUCUUCCUCGUGUAGAAUAUAAGGAUUCAGGGACGGUGGAGCUCUGGAACGGAGAUAGACCAAAAGAGCGACUCGCAUUUCUCAGAUAUCGGUGCGCGGACUUGAAGUGA